UCCAAAGCAAAAUGCUGACAGCAGCCGGGGUCUGUGAAUCAGGGAGCCCCAUUGAAGUGGUGUCUGUAUAAAUAGCCCCACAGAUGCCUGAGCAGGAGACCGCGUGGUGGAUUCCCCUCAACGCAUACAGCUCAUUCUGUUGGGUCAGUCAGUGCUGAGAUAUCUGAAACAAUGGCUCUGACAAACCCUAUGUCAACGCCCAUGGGACCAUGGAAGAUUACUGUUUAUGAUCAGGAGCAUUUCCAGGGCAGGCGUUGUGAAUUCACCGCUUGCUGUCAGAACAUCAUGGAGUACGGAAUGGAGACUGUCCGCUCCCUGAAGGUGGAGUGUGGCGUCUGGGUAGGUUUUGAGCACUCUACCUUCAAUGGCCAGCAGUUCAUCCUGGAGAAGGGAGAUUACCCUUGCUGGGAGGCCUGGAGUGGCAGCAAUGCCUACCGCAUUGAGAGGCUGAUGUCCUUCCGCCCCAUCUAUUCUGCUAUGCACAGUGAUUGCCGUAUGACGCUUUUCGAGUGUGAGAACAUGACUGGAAGGCAGUGGGAGGUGUGCAAUGACUACCCCUCCCUGCAGGCUAUGGGAUGGUGCAGCAAUGAGAUCGGCUCCAUCCAAGUCAUGAGUGGAGCAUGGGUAUGCUACCAGUAUCCUGGUUACCGUGGUUACCAGUACAUUAUGGAGUGCGACUGCCAUGGAGGCGAGUACAGGCACUACAGGGAGUACGGUUGCCAUGCUCAGACCCCCCAGAUCCAGUCUAUCCGUAGGAUCCAGCAUUGAGAGGAACCAGCCGUGUCCUUCCUCCCUUCCCUCCCUUCUUCCUCCUGAACCCUUUAAACUUCCACUUCCUCCAUCCUUCUGUUCCCAGCCAUGCAAGAUGGUUUGUUGACUCGGACGGCAGGCUGGUAUAUUGGUGCUACACUAAUGUAACAAGUUCCCAGCAUGUUUUUUACCAACUACAUGAGGAAAGAAAGACAAACUAUUGACAGCAGGAACGAUGAGAAAAAAAAGCAGAAGAAAAAGUCCUGUAUGAUGACGGGAGCCGGAGAAGCUGGGAGCGUUGCUCUUCUUUCAUCAUGACUUGAUCAUCAUGAUCAUAGCUAAUGCAGUUUUCAUUGUCAGCUCCUGUAUGAUAUUUGAUGAAUAAAGAACAUGAGCAUAACAUCUAAAGAAACAAAACAAAACAAACAAAAAAAUACAGAAUAAUUGAUAUCAGCUGACUGUGGUGUGUGGAUCUUUCCUUAAGUGAACAUUAGAACAAACACUGAACUCUCACAUCAGUCAUUUUCAGAAAAAGGUGUAAUGAAAUGUUUAAAAUUAAAAUUUGAAAUGAAAAGAUA